CGGCGCCCGCUCCCCGCCGGCGGGGACAGCCCCCGGCCGAGGCGGCGCAGCGACGGUGAGGCCGGCCCGCCGGGGGACGCGGCGCGGAGGGGCCGAGGAGCCGCCAGCGGGUACUCGGAGCUGUAUGAAAACCCAUGGACGAUCCCAAAUAUACUUUCUCUGGCAAGAAUUGGUUUGGCUCCAGUUUUGGGUUAUUUGAUUGUAGAAGAAAAUUUCAACAUUGCAUUGGGUGUUUUUGCUUUGGCUGGGAUAACAGACUUGUUGGAUGGCUUUAUUGCACGAAACUGGGCCAGUCAGAAAUCUGCUUUGGGAAGUGCCCUUGACCCGCUAGCUGAUAAAAUUCUUAUCAGUGUCCUGUAUGUCAGCCUCACUUGUGCAAGUCUUAUUCCAGUUCCAUUGACUACUUUGAUCAUUUUGAGGGACAUAGUGCUAAUUGCUGCUGUUUUUUAUGUGCGAUACAAAACACUAUCCCCACCGAGAACACUUAGUAGAUAUUUCAACCCCUGUUAUGCCACUGCCCAGUUAAAACCAACUUUCAUCAGCAAGAUGAACACAGCAGUUCAGCUAAUCUUGGUGGCAGCUUCUUUAGCAGCUCCUGUUUUUGAUUACAUAGAUAGCAUAUAUCUACAGACGUUAUGGUGCAUUACAGCUUUCACAACAGCAGCGUCUGCAUACAGUUAUUAUCAUUAUGGUCGGAAAACAGUCCAGGUAAUAAACAACAAAUGAAAUGUUACAGAAAGGACCAUCUCCUGACAUCACUGUUUUCUAUAUUGCAAAGGACAAUAUAACUGGCCUAUGAAUAAGAACUCUGUUUUUCCUUAGGACAGUUGUUUCAAUUCAAACCAUGUCAUCACAAUUGGACUGAUAUGAAGUAAAAAUGAAGUCUGAUCAUGUACUGUAAAUGUAUUGAAUUUUCAAUGUAUUUUUGAAAGUUAUAAAUAAAAAUAUAAUUAAGAAAAAUCACAAUGUUCUUAAAGGCACUUUUAAGUCACCAGUGGCUGUCCUGCAUUUUAAAUCUUGUAUCUCUUUUUAUAUUGCUUUUCAGAAGCUAAACUUUGCACACUUCCCACAGAAUUGGACAGUAUAUUAGAUUCUAAUAGCGAGCUGACGAAGCUCCCUUUUCUUCUCAGAUCUAGUAUGCAUGGAGUUAUAAAGACAAACUGUUGUAUACUGUCUCAAGACAGAAUCACUUAUUAGAAUUUACUAAAUAUUAUAGUUUGCUGCAAAGGAAAGCAUUAAAUCACUAGGGAAUGAUACCUUCAGAAACGUAAAGUGAUCUUUUUUCCCCCCCAAGUUUUUAAAUCCUCAUUGUGAUAUGAAUAAUAGUCCAUACAGUAUUUCAGAGUUAUUCUCUUCUUCGGUAAAAAUACCAAGGUAACUAUCUGUCCCCAGAGAGAAGGUUCUAGUGACAUUAGGGCUCAUGGUGUAGUGUCACAGACGUAGAUAAGUUGAGUUCUUAAAUAGAAGCAUGUUUCUAGUACUGCUAGUUGAUAGUGGUUGAGAAACCAAGGUACUGAACUUCCUGUGUGAACUAUGCUGGCUAUUUUAAAACUGCUUGGUCAGUUUGAGAUCUUCUUGGAGCAGAAAUAUCAACGUAAAUAGAACUGAGAAAAAUCAAGACAUUUUAAAUGCUUGUCCAAAUCACUGGAUUCAUUAGAAACAGUUAAAGCGGCAUAUUCUGUGCGUGAUUCUCCUAUAUCUCUGACUGCGUUGUUUAUCAGGCAUUGCUAUGAUCUCAAUUUACUACCUGUGAUCAAAGAAUAGAGCAAAACUAUUUAAAGUUACAGACUUAAACGCUUGUUCCUUGCUUAUACUCUGAUAGCUACAAAAAGUAAUGAAAUCUUCUUAUUAAAUACCUUCGAGCCAGAUGUGUGUUUUGCAUGUAGUAGCAAAGAACUGAGGUGUGAAGAGGUAAAGUAACUGAAAAUAGGUAAUAUAUGUUGGACUAUGGUGCUCUAUCACCAAAAGUGAAUUUAUUGUAGACACAUACUGAUUUUGAGGGGGUGUGGUUGUAGGUGUGUAUAUAAAACAUUUUAAUUUUUUCUUUUAACUUGUAUAGAAAUGGUUCACAGACAACGUUUAAUUUUUAUUCAAUGCCUGUCUCUUAGCUAUCACCAUAUACAGCAGUCCAAAUCUGUCUUAUUUGCAAUGGAAGGAUAAAUGUAAAGCAGAUCCUAUAAAAUGUUUCUUCUUAA